AUGGAGAAGGACAGUGAUUACAAUAUAACCUCUGUGAUCGCAGAAUACAAGACGUCACUGGUGGCUGAGCAUGAGCGCAUUAGGGAAUAUACCUCUCGUCCUGGUGAACAUGUGCUGCUUGCAGAUCGCUAUGUGGAUCCACUCAUCAUUCAGAGACAUAGAAAGAAAAAAGAGAAAGAAAAAGAGAUUCGCUCCAGAGGAGAAGAUUUCCACCAUGCCAGAACCCACCAUACAGACCACCAUAUUACUGUUGACAAGCUGUUCAGUCAAGAGGACAGCCCAAACAGCGUGCGUCCAAAAGCUGUUAUUCUCCAAGGCAACUCUGGAAAUGGAAAGUCUUUCACAGCACAAAAGAUCCUUUACGACUGGGCGAAUGGAAAUCUCUUUGCAGGAAUCUUUGAUAUAGUCUUUCACCUGAGAUGCUCAGAUCUCAAUGAUAUUGCUCGAGACGUAAAUCUGGUGGAGCUUCUGAACUGCAGUGAGGAAAUGGCUCAGAUCUUAAAGAAAACACCAGAGAGAGUACUUUUCUUGCUUGAUGGGUUCGAUGAACUCAGACUUUCACUGCCUAAAAAACCAUUGCCCGUCAAAGCAGACAUCAAAGCUGAGCCUGGUGCUGUUCUAAGCUCCCUUCUGAGGGGAUUCAUAUUGAAAGAGUCCUUCCUGCUGGUCACCACAAGGUCAAUAGCAGCAGAAAAACUGGGAAAACUACUCAAGUUUCCACAGCGCUUCACUGAGAUCAUGGGCUUCUCUGAGAACGGGAUACAACAGUACUUUCAGAAGUUCUUUGAGCAUGAUGAGCGUUCCAGACAAGUGUAUGAGGAAGUUAAGGCAAAUGGAACACUUUACUCAGUCUGUUCCAGUCCAGUCAUGUGCUGGCUUGUCUGCAGUGUCUUUAAGGAAAAGAGCAAAACAAGUAAGAAGAUGACACGUGGAUUCAGAGGUACCACCUCCAUAUUCAUUGAUUUUGUGUUUAUUCUGCUGGAGCAUCAUUGCCAAGGCUUAACUGAAUCUCAACAGCAUGACCUGCUGAAGGACCUUGGCCAACUAGCGCACGAAGGAAUUCUUGAAGGCCGAGUUCUGUUCCAGAGAAACAAAGUGCCAGAGACGAUUCUAAAUGUCUUGGAUUCGACCAACAUUCCCUUCCUCUGCACCUUUCACUGCAAAGACAGAAUAAAUAUGAAGGAAAUGUUUUCCUUUAUGCAUCUCAGCUUUCAGGAGUUCUUUGCUGCGCUCUUGUACACUUUCCUUGAUGAAACAGAGGCCAAGACAGAAAUAGAAAAGCUGCUUUCCUUUUCAGUACUCGCAUGCUGCUCACUACAUGGGUGCCAGGAAAGGGCAUCAGCAUUACUGCGCUACUUGCCUGCACAGUUGGUUAUGGUGAAUUUGUACAUCUCUAGCUCCUCCAGCCACUUGCCCUUCUGGUUCUCUGAAGGUCAUCAGCUACUGCAGGGAGGCAUGCUUGAAGUGAAGGAUCAGCCUUACAGAUGCCAGCGAGGCUGCUACUUGUGUAUGCUGGAGAUCUGGUGUCUGGCCUUAACCAGUGAGCAUCCGUGGGCCGGCCUUCCCUCACUGGUUCCGGCCUCCAGCCUUGCCGCUCCACCCAGGCCUUGCCGGCAGGUUCUUGUGGCCAGCCACCAUCUAGGCAUCUUCAUGUUGCCCUCCAGGCUGGCUCUGCUGUUUAAAGUGGACAGUCUCAAAGGCAAGGAUGAAGAGGACAUCUGGUCUCUGUCAUUUGGCGAUCAUUUAGAGUGA